AUGCGGUACACCUGGGUGUCCAUUUGUCAGCCCCUCCUUCUUCGCCCACAUCGCAAAGGAGUUUCUGGGGGACCCAGUUACUGGAGGAAGCUGGAUCCUCUACGAUGUUAACAAGCAGCGCGUCGUCUGAUUCCCGCGAGAGUAGAACGCAAGCCAAAAGUGGCUUCCACCCUAAGAGGUUUCUCCUUUGCUGCAUUUUGGAUUCAAGAGGAAAGCUGUACUACGAAUUGCUCAUGGAAGGCCAUACCGUCACCGCUCCCUGUUACACUGGUCAGCUGCAGAAACUUACGCAAUCCGUUUGAGAAAAACUGCCUAGACGAACUUCGGUGCUCCUCCUCCAUGACAGGCUCCUCACAUAGGCAAAUAAACCUGUGCAAAAUUUCAGUGCUGAGCUUGCUCCCUCAAAUUACCCCUUGUUCCGGCACCUCGAGGCUUUCCUAG